AGGUACUCCCCCUCGCCUCCAGACACAAAAUGGAGCUGAAACUACCUGGCUGAGGAAAAGUACAGUUGCGCUCUAUAGUAUGCAUAAGCUCAAGUUUUAUUCGCGUAUUUAAGGAAAUAAUUUUAAGAUAAGUCGUCUGAUACCUCGAGGAAAGGGCAUUAACAUGUUGUGGACGUUAAUCAUCGCCGCCUUUAUGGCAACAGAGUCCACUAUGGCCAUCUCGGUCCAGUGCCCCACCAAGAGGUACAUUGUCAUCCUCUUCCAGCCCGUCACCCUCGUGUGCAACUACCAGACAACCGCCAAUCAGCCUCCUGUCGUCACGUGGAAGUACAAAUCCUAUUGCCAGGACCCCAUCCAGGCUGCGUUGAAUCCCAGCAGUGCAAGCAACAUUCUGUCUCAGAACAACCCCAACUACAACCCCAACAUCGAGUGUGCCGAUAGCCAGAGGACGGUGCGCAUAGUAGCCUCCAAGCAAAGCAAUGCUGUUACCCUCGGCUCGGAGUACCAAGGUCGCAAGAUCAGCAUCCUAAACGAUGCAGACCUGAAUAUUGCGCAGACGGCAUGGGGCGACAGCGGUGUCUACGUGUGUUCUGUGGUCUCUUCCCAGGACCUUUCAGGAAACGGUGAAGACUAUACAGAGCUAAUUGUACUUGAGAGAAAGUCAAAUACUACUGACCUCCUGCCUGGCAUUGACUUACUGGUUAUGGAAGACUGGCUCCUGGUUGUUUUGGUGGUUAUGGGCUUCCUGUUGCUGCUGCUCCUGAUCGGGAUCUGCUGGUGCCAGUGCUGUCCACACAGCUGUUGUUGCUAUAUCAGCUGCCCCUGCUGCCCUGAGCGCUGCUGCUGCCCACGAGCAUUGUACGAGGCAGGAAAAGCAGUGAAGAAAGGGGUUAUGCCAAUGAGUCAAUAUGCUCCCACCCUAUAUGCUCCCAGUAUGUAUGCCCAGCCAGCAUACGGUGGCCAGCCUGGUAUGCCUCUGCUACCUCUACCAAACGGAGCUGGACCCCUACCUCCCCAGAAUGGCUACGGUCGGGAUUAUGAUGGCGCUAGCUCUGUUGGACAGGGCUCCCAGGUGCCUCUGCUGCGUGAACAAGACGGGGGAGGGGACCACACUCGCAGUGGGUAUCGCAUCCAGGUGGACCCCGAUGGGAACGCCACACGUGCCAUUUAUUACAUGGAGAGGGAGCUGGCCAACAUGGACCCAUCCAGACCUGGCAACUACAACCGCUUAGAUAAUAUGACUGAAGUCAGUUCCCUGCACGAUAGCGUGGAGGCUCGAGGCCGCGGGGGGCGCUCCCAGCCGCCACAUCUGCCCACGGUCUAUGACCGGGAUGAAGCCAUGAGCACCAUCAGCAGUGUUUCCCAGCAAGGCCACCGCCGUGAUGACUACCCGCGCCAUGGUGGUGGGAACAUGGAGAAUCGUGUACGUGCCCGCUCCAUGGACAACCUUGAUGACAUCGGACGGCGCUACCCACCACAACGCUUCCCAGAUGAGCCCAGAGGCAGGAGAGGCUCGGAUGAUGGGUGGAGCAGUAGCGCCCGCAGCGGAAACGAUCGCGACUUUGACGACCGCAGGCGUCGCGACUACUCCCCCGAUGAUCGUCGGAGAGGAGACGGAGGGGGUCUCCCAGGGAGACGCAGCCGCAGCCGUGACGAUCUGAUGGACCUGGAGAGGGAUCGCCGGCCUGGCGCCGAUGCCAGGGACAGGCGAGACGAUUAUGAUGACAGCUUCCUGCGAGAAGCCUUGGAGAAGAAGAAGAUGGGCGAGCAGCAGAGGGCGCGCAGCCGCGAGCGCCUGGACAGCGAGAGCGACCGCUCGGAUCGUGGGAGGGCGCCACGUGGGCCCCCACCGCUUCCUCAGAUCCCGCCCUCUGGACACCCUGGUCGCCGUGAUGACUACCCACCUCCUCCACCUCCACCGUACAGUGAAGAUGGAAGCGUUUCAUCUUCCAAGAAAAGCAACCUCCGCAAGAACGGAGCAGUGAGUCGAGAGAGCCUGGUGGUGUGAAACCAGCCAUGACGUGAGCAACCUGUAGUUCUGGACCAGUUGAUUUUUCUAAAUCUGUAAAUAUUAUUCACACUGCUGAUUCACUGCGCUGAUUUUUAUAUUUCAUAAUUAACAGUACACUUAUCACAAAUUGAUGCUGAAUGUGUAUAUAUACUUUUCUAAACUGGGAAGAGGUGCAUAGAUGAAAUGUUACGUGCCUUUUCAUGUAUAAAACAUUGUGGCUGCCACAAGUGCCUUUUUAAGAGUGUACAGAAUUUUACUUGUAGAUCUGAGAGUCAAGUUGAUAAAUAAUUCACUGUAAAGGUGUUUUACAUCUUGACGAGUAAACAUGUUCCCAUCGGUUUCAAUUUUUUUUGUAGUUUCAGUUAGCUGAUAAAAGUACUGAUGUAGAUUUGCAGGGGUCUAUAGAUUUUUCUGGCUUUUUACUUGUGAAAAUUUGUUUUUAUAAGAAAAACUGUAAAUUUAAAGGAAUUUAUUUUAUCUCUGCUUUUUGCUUUUAGUUGUUCGAGUUUGCUCAAUGUAUUUAGAAUUUAUGUAUUUAGGUGAACAAAACAGUCUUGGUUAGAAUUUGUCUAAGUAUUCGCAUUUCAUGUUAGGUUUUCUUUUUUUUUUUUACACAAGAUUUCAGUUUUAACUUGCAGUAUGUUGUACAGCUGACCAGUAAUACACUUUGAAGCUGCAAAUGUUUAUUGUGAUGUGAUGAAACCUAAUUUGACAAUAAAUGUCUCUAUUGCCAGGCCAUUUA